GUGCCUGCUUUCCCAGCGCAUACUUAAAAUUCUCAAUGCAAUCUUGUUGGCGAUUCUUAUACAAUUCUGCUGUAUCGAAAUCUAUGUAGAUAUUGAUAAUGCCAUGUAUCAAAGUCGAAACACGGCAUUGUUAAUAUUUUCCUGUUCAAUUACAACUUUAUUGAUGAUCUUGGUCUCCUGUCUCGGCUUCUUUGUAUUAUUCAACGGUUACGUGUUUCAUCUACGUUUGUUGGCAGCUGGAAUCUUCCUCUUCGCCCUUAUCAAAUGCAUUAUCCUUGUCAUUUUCUGGGCUUGGCGUAAUAACAAGAAUGUUGCUUCAUACAAAUCUCCAUGGUUACCUUUGACAAUUUUCUGGGCAAUAAUUUGUUCGAUUGGAGUUCUGCAAUUACUAAUUAAACAAUAAUAAUAAUUACUAAUAAUACAAUACAAUAAUUGAAAUAUCAGGAUACUUUUAGUUAAAUCUUAAAUGUGCUUCUUGGGAGCAAAGAUACUCAUGAUCAAUACAUUAAUUUCAGCAGUUUUCCUUGCGAUAAGCAAUAUUGUUGAAAUUGGAGUAGCCAUUAAGGAUCUCGCCAGAGUACAAGGAAGUGCCAGAUAUCUGCUGAUCGCAUCUAUAUGGCUAAAUGCUUGUACCGUUUGUGUUAUUCUACUUGGAAUUUACGGAACACUUCGCUCUAAUCUAGCUAUAAUAACGGUGUAUUUAACCACAUUAGUUGCUUACUUUCUGGGCAAGUUCUUCCUUUCGAUAACGGUCGAACAUUUAGAUAAACAGCAAUUUGAUCUCAUAUUGACCCCAUUCUAUACGAUCAAUGCCGUCUUUUGUGUCAUAUGCAUUGGCUUUUUGGGAUCUUAUUAUUGUGCAUUGAAAGCAGAUGAGGAAGAUGAAGUGCAAUAGAUAAUGUAUGAAGAAUGUUAGGAUUUCCAGAUACUAAAAGCUAAAGUCUUUUGUAAAAGAAGUUUGCAAGAACUUACAUACUUUUACACUGGAAAGUUUAUAUUGUUGAAUGAACAUCUAAUUUUCCCAUAACAGAAUACAUUAAAAUAUAUAUAAAUUUGUAAUGAAGA